CUCCGUGUAAAAUAUAUGUAAUAUGUGAUGGUUCAUUAUUUAAAUACGUCUAUGAUAAUUAGUAUUAAAUAAUUAAUAAUAAAAUACGUAUGAGAUGUGUAAUCAUUGAAUUAAAGUUCCAGUUAGUCAAUCCAAGAGUUGGGUUCUGUUAGUGACCGAAUAUCAAAAUGUCAACUUCGGGUGUUUUCCUGUCCAUUCCAAAUAAAAAGACUUGGGAAGUUGAUCUCGUGAAACCUUUAAAAAGUUUCAUUCAAGAAACUUAUGGAAACACGGAAGACCAUACCGCAGCCCUCAAUGAGCUGAACAAACUUCGUCUGAACAUGAUCCUAAAGGCUGGGGACAAGCAUGAAUCUGCGCUGGAAGCCAUCUAUCGCUACUAUGAUCAGUUGGUUGUGAUUGAAGGAAAGUUUCCUAUAUCAGAAAACCAAAUUAGAGUAACUUUCAAGUGGCAAGAUGCUUUUGAUAAAGAAUCAUUAUUCUAUGGAAAAAGAGUGUUAUCAUUGACUUCAGGAGCAUAUGAAAAAUGUUGUGUCCUCUUUAACAUGGCAGCUAUGCAGAGUCGGGUGGCUGAAUGUCAAACACUGACCAGUGAUGAAGAAUUGAAACUGGCAGCCAAACUUUUCCAGCAAUCCAGUGGAAUAUUAAGUUAUCUGAAGGGCAACACAACGUGCAACAUACAGGCAGAUCCAACUCCAGAUCUCCAGCCUGACACACUUAAUGCUCUGUCUGCACUCAUGUUGGCACAAAGUCAGGACUGCUUUGUCAGGAAAGCUACUAAUGACAAAAUGAAGCCGGCAGUGAUUGCCAAACUUGCCAUGCAAUGUUCUGAACUCUAUGCAGAUGCUCACAAGUUACUUCAAUUGGAAUCUAUCAAGCAAAUAUGGCCCAAGGAUUGGUUGUUGAGUGUGGCUGGUAAGCAGUCCGCAUACUUUGCAAUGGCAGAAUACUACCAGAGUCAAGUUUCAAAAGAAAGCAAAGAUUUUGGAGAAGAAAUUGCAAGAUUGAAACACAGCAAAGAGUUGAUCAUGGCCAGCGAAAUGCGCUCAGGUGCCCAGUUUAUAUUCCAAGAUUUGAAAGGGAAGAUCAUUCGUUCACUGACUGAAGCUGAAAAGGACAAUGAUUUCAUAUACCAUGCAAAAAUUCCUGAACUGAACAGCUUGGCACCAAUUGGGAAGGCUGUCGUUGCAAAAGUUCUCCCAAUUGCUGCACCAUUCAGUAAACAAUUUAAAGAUUUAUUUGAGAAGAUAGUUCCAUUAUCUGUGCAUCUAGCGUUUGUGAGUUAUGAGAACAGAAGGUCUGCUUACAUCAAUCUGGAAAUAAGCAAACUCAGAGAUUGUACACAAAUGCUUAACAGCGUCUUAGCAUCUCUGAAUUUGCCAGCAGCACUAGAAGACGUUGGUGGGAGAGAGAUUCCAAAGUCAGUAUCGACGAAAGCAGGUGAGUUGAAGCAAGCGGGGGGAUUUGAGGUCUUAGAGAGGUUGAUGAGGGAGCUUCCUGCACUCCUGCAGAGGAACAAGGAAAUACUUGACGAGACAGACCGAAUGUUGAUUGAAGAAGAGGAGUCAGACACACAGCUAAGAAAUCAGUUUAAAGAGAGAUGGAGCAGAACUCCAUCGAACAAGUUGACAGAAACAAUAAAAGCUGAAGCAGGGAAAUACAGGACCAUCAUCAACAACGCCAUCAAUGCAGAUGCCAUCGUCAGGGAAAGAUUCAACAAGCACAAGGAUGACAUUAAGCUCCUCAGCAUGUCAGAUGGAGACAUACAGUCCUGUUUACCAUCGUCCGGAUCAAAUGCCCACUCUGAGAACCUACCUGUGGUUGCUGAAUUGAGAAGUCUUAUGAAGAAGUUGGAUGAUGUUAAAUUGCAGAGAGACAAUUUAGAGAAGGAAAUAAGAGAUAUAUCGUCUAAGGAUAACUUGACCUCAGAGUUCCUAUCUGCCUUGCUAACAGAUGGAGCCAUUGAUGAGGAAAAAAUAUCAAUGUCAUACAUUUCCAGAGUAUUCGCUCCAAUCGUGCAGAGAGUUAAGGAUAAUUUGCAAACUCAAGAAGAGUUGCUGCAAAGAGUUCAGAUUGCCAACACAGAAUUUAGUCAAAUUAAGAACAAGAACGAGUCUGCUGCAGCCAGGGAAGAAAAAUUGAAGAGUUUAGCCUCUGCAUACGAUAGUUUCACUGAACUAAAGGGCAACUUGGAAGAAGGAACCAAGUUCUAUAAUGACUUGACCGAGAUACUUCUGAAGUUUCAAUCGAAAGUGAAUGACUUCUGUUUUGCCAGGAAAACUGAGAAAGAAGAACUGAUGAAGGAUCUCUCGGCCAACAUCGCCCGCCAGACAACUGCUCCUGCUCCAGUGGCACCUUCAUAUCAGAAACCCGAUGACAUAAACAAAAAACAAGAACCUCCAAAAAGACCACCACCCCCAAAAUUGAAGCAUGAUACACCAGCAGCUCCACCAGUAGCAGCGCCAAGAAACCUGCCAGCAUCAUACACUGAACCUCCUCAACAGCAACCAUAUCCCACGCAACCACCUUCAUCCAAUUAUGCAGGUCACGCGACAUCUCCACCAUACCCAACAUCUUUUCAAUCCAUGCCUUAUCCAAACUACCAGCCACCUAUGCCGACCGGCUAUAAUCCGUAUUACAAUCCCUACCCACAACCACCAUACCAGCCAACUCCAGGUUACAAUCCAGCGUACAACCCAUCCUAUCCUCAACAACAAUAUCCUGGAUACCCGCAACAGCAAUUCCCAGGCUACCAGCCAAGACCGUGAAUUAAACAAUAUGAACUCAUCACGUAAACGCACUCGUCUGACUUUUUAAUGAAUUUGUGUUUAAUAAUGUUUAAAAUGUCUUUAUAUUUUCAUUCUAAUAUUUCAGUUUAAUUUGACACUUUUUUCAAAUUAAUUUAAUUGUCGUUCUUGGCUAACUUGAUUUUUGUCAGUCAUAAUUUUUCAAAUUGCUAUUUCACGUGAUUUUACGAUCACUUCUAAUUUCGUUUCUGGACACUUUAAAUUAUUCCGUCGAACUUAUUUGUCGGGUUUGUACGUGCUAAACAGAGUUUAAAACAUAUUUAUAAGUUUAUUCAUGAGAUAAGCCAGGAACGUUAAUUAUUUACAAUAAACAUUUUCAUCAAGAUAAAAUUAAAAAAAUUCUUUUUUAUCUCAACCUCAGUCAAAAAUUACAACAAGAUAUUAUUUUUUAAACUGGCCAACGUUGUUAGCAUUGUUUGUUGUAUUAGUAGCUGCAGCGUUAGCGGGAUUAGUGUAGUAGCUAUUCCAAGCAGAAUUCCAAGCAGUAUUCCAAUCGUAAUUGCUUCCAUGCUGUCCAGUGUAAUACGAUGGAUCGCUGGCAUUAACGUUUUGUGGGUACUGUGGUGGGUACAUAAAACCAGACGGGUCCCAUGCACCUUGGUUGUAAGCGUUGUUCCAAUAUGGCUGGUAAGCCCCGUAAGGGUUAGCAGAGUAAUUGUAAUUAGCGUUAUAAGUGUUAGCUGCGUCGUAGUUGUUGCUACUUGGUGUGGUGGGAGUUGCAGCUACCUUUGAAUUAGUGGAUUUGUUGACAGAAGGCGUAAUAUUGACAUUGGCGUUGGGGUCAAUAUUUUUGCUGAUACUGGCUGCAGCUCCAGUAUUGACAUAACUAUUAGCAACAUUUGUACUGGGACAAGUAUUUGCACUUGUACCUGUGUUAAUGUUGUUGACAGUGCUAUUGUUAUUAUUGUUGCUGGAUGGUGCCCCAGACCAUUUCAUUGGCUUUGUGAGGUCCACCCACGUAUUCUGAUUAUAGUUAAAGUUGUUGUAAUUAUUAUUAUAAUUGUCAUUGUUGUUACUGAUAGAUUGUUGGUAGUUAUUAUUCACGUUGCUGCUUUUCAUGUUGUUAUUAUUGUUCAUGUUAUUGUUAAAGUUGUUUAUCAUGUUGCUAUUGUAGUUAUUAUUCAUGUUGUUAUUUUGGUUAUGAUUUAUUUUAUUUCUAUUGAACAAAGGUGGUUUUAAAGGUGGUGGUGCAUUCCAGUUGCUGCGACCUACACUAUUUGGUUGAAAUCUCUGUUGGUUGUUGUUGUUGCUAUAGCCUCUGUUGUUAUUAUUUUUACCACCAAACUCUUUGCUAUUCUGAUAAUUAGCAUUCCUUUUAUUUUGAUAGUAUCUGUUACCACCAUGAUCAUUUUGAAAAUCUUUGAAAUAUUCCUUACCUCCAGUUCUACUUGCCAGAAUGUUUUCAACCAGCGCAUCUAUUUCAUCCAAGACAUCGUCAAU